CCCUCUUUCCGCUGCGUAUUGCGGUUCGCGGUUCGUUCAAAAACAUACACAACAGAGAGGGAAGAGGUUAAUUUUCCGGAGCGCCGGUUACAGUUAUUCCUAUGCCAAUCUCAGGUUGUUCUAUGUAACGUAUUGAUGGGACGUAUCAAUUCCACACCAUGAAGAAGGAUCGGGCUGGAGACUUCACUCGGCCAUUUAAAUUAGCUCAUCAAAUAGUCAGCUUGACAGGAAUUAGCUUCCAGCGCAAAAGUAUAAUUGGACUUGUGGAGUUGACGAUUGUACCUCUGAAAGAGAGCAUCCGACACAUUAAAUUAAAUGCCAAGCAGAGCCGUAUUUAUCGAGUGACGCUCAAUGAACAGUAUGAAGCACCUUUCCAAUACUUCGAUCCAUUCUUGGAUAUAUCUCAGGCUGAACCGAAACAGAGAUCUCUGGACUAUUUUACAAAUGCCCACCUUACAGCAGCUGUACAGAUUGAUCCAGAUAACAAUGCAGGAGAACUUGUCAUCAGUGUGCCUGUAACGGCACAACACCUUUUCAGAGAGGGCCAACCAGUGCGUGUUGGCAUUGAGUUUUCUCUAGAGCAGCCUCAGGGUGGAAUCCAAUUUGUGGUACCAGAUUGCGAUGGAGCACCAAAUGAAAAAGGAGCUCAUAUGUUCACUUACGGACAUUCUUCAAGACUAUGGUUUCCUUGCAUUGAUAGUUUUGCUGAACCCUGCACAUGGAAGCUAGAAUUGACUGUGGAUGAGUGCAUGACAGCUGUAUCAUGUGGUGAAUUAGUUGAAGUAGUCUACACUCAAGACAUGAGAAGGAAAACAUUCCACUAUGUGCUAUCCGUUCCUGCAUCAGCACCAAAUAUUGCUCUGGCUGUUGGACCAUUUGAAAUGUUUGUGGACCCAUACAUGCAUGAAGUUACACAUUUCUGCCUGCCCCAGUUGCUUCCUCUCCUCCAAGUUUCUGCAAGGUACAUGCAUGAAGCAUUUGAAUUUUAUGAAGAAACAUUAGGCUCGAGGUAUCCGUACUCUUGCUACAAGCAAGUAUUUGUUGACGAAACACCAGAGGAAGUUGCAGCUUAUGCAACCAUGAGUAUAAUGAGUGUAAAUCUCCUGCAUUCCGCAGCAAUAAUUGACCAAACAUACAUAACACGAAAAGCCAUGGCUUUGGCUAUUGCUGAGCAAUUCUUUGGAUGUUUUAUUUCCAUGCAACAUUGGGGUGACAAUUGGCUUCCACAGGGCAUUUCCUCCUACCUCUGUGGUCUUUAUUGCAAAAAAAGUUUUGGCAACAAUGAAUACAGAGAAUGGAUCCGAUCGGAACUUGAGGAAGUGAUAAAAUAUGAGGAAAUGUAUGGUGGCAUAGUGCUAGACCCUAGUCAACAGCCUGCACCCCUCCCUGUAUCUUCAACAUCUCCCCUGGCUCCUCAAAGAAAUCCUCAACAACAGCCGUUUUACUUCUCCACAAGAUCUUUGCACACAAUGUCUCCUAAAUACCUUGAGAUGCAGAGGAAAAAGGCUCACCUCAUUAUGCGAAUGCUUGAACAUCGCAUUGGCCUGGAACUGCUGUUGCAGGUACUGAAUAAGCAACUGUCGUUGGCUGGCAUUGCUGCCAAGGAAAAACAAGCUUCCAAUCAGUGGUCUCACAUGCUCAUAAGUACAACUGUUUUUACCAAAGCAAUCUUCACUGUAACUGGUAAAGACAUGGCUGUAUUUGUUGAUCAGUGGGUUCGGACAGGAGGGCAUGCCAAGUUCCACCUCAGUUUUGUAUUUAAUCGCAAAAGGAAUACUGUUGAACUUGAGAUUAAACAGGAUUCAUUAAAUCAGAGAGGUAUUAGGAAGUAUAUGGGUCCUUUAGUGGUCACAAUUCAAGAAUUGGAUGGGACCUUCAAGCACCAACAACAGGUGGAAGGAACACCAUCUAAAACAGAUAUCACCUGCCACUCCAAGAGUCGAAGAAACAAAAAGAAAAAAAUACCCCUGUGUACUGGUGAAGAAGUGGAUAUGGACUUAAGUGCAAUGGAUGCUGAUUCACCUGUUCUAUGGGUCAGACUUGAUACUGACAUGACAAUAAUGAGGUCAGUGUUUAUUGAACAACCAGACUACAUGUGGCAGUAUGAGCUGAGGCACGAACGCGAUGUCACAGCACAACUUGAUGCCAUUGCGGCGCUUGAACGCUUUCCUACUGCGGCAUCUCGUCAUGCGCUCACAUAUACUAUUGAAAAUGAGUCUGCUUAUUAUAAAGUACGUAGUCAAGCUGCCCACUGUUUGACCAAAGUAGCAAAUGCAUUAGUUGCUACAUGGUCUGGUCCAUCUGCAAUGCACACUAUCUUUCAGAAGCAUUUUGGCUCUGCAUCUUGUCCUCACAUAGUGAAACAAAACAAUUUCACUAACUUACAACAUUACUUUUUACAAAAGACUAUUCCUCUGGCAAUGGCAGGUUUAAGAAACACAUUGAGCAUCUGCCCUCCGGAUGUUCUCAGACUGUUGUUGGAUUUAUUCAAAUACAAUGACAACAGUAAGAACCGCUACUCAGAUAACUAUUAUAGAGCUGCUCUAAUUGAUGCAUUAGGAGAGACAAUCACACCAGUAGUGUCUGUUGUUGGAAUGCAACAUGGAAACAUUUCUAGUGAGACUCUCACUUCUGAUACAAAAGCUAUAUUAGAAGAAGUUGUGCGCUGCUUGAACUUGGAGAAGAAGUUACCCUGUUACAAACAAGUUGUUUCAGCAGCAUGCUUACGUACUAUCCGCAAGCUUCAGAAAUUUGGCCAUUUACCUAGUCAGCCACAAAUUUUUAGAUCCUAUACUCAAUAUGGGGUUUUUAUUGAGGUCCGAUUGGCAGCUUUAGAAGCACUUGUAGAUUUUACAAGGGCUGAUGGCAAGUGGGAAGACCUAGAAUUCCUUUUAGACAUAGCUGAAAAUGAUCCAGACCAUAUGGUGCGCCAUAAAUUACUCCGAAUGUUGAUUGAAAAUCCACCCUUCAGCCAGGCACAAAGAAGUCGUUUGGAUAAGGAAGAACUAGUGGAGAGGCUAUGGACUAACAUAAAUGGAAUGCUGUCUCACGAUACUCCACAGCGGUGUGAUAUGGUUGACUUGUAUUAUGCUCUUUAUGGUACACGACGACCAUUUUGCCUUGCGCAACAAGAAUUAUCCUUCCUUAAACCGGAAAGAGUUGUUAGUCCAACGUUUGACAGCUACAGAGAUAAUGACCUUGACCAUGGCCACGAUAUUGACCCAGACCAUGACUUGGACUGGGAGCGAGAGAGAAUUCGUGAGAAGGAUCGACUAGAAAGAGAGAAGGAAAGAAUGGACAGAGAGAGGGAGAAAGAGAGGGAAAAAGAAAGGGAGAAAGAAAAGGAAAAAGAAAGGGAAAGGGAGAGAGAAAGGGAAAGAGAAAAGAAGAGGGAAAAGGAGAGAGCAGCAGAAAAAGAACAGACUCAACUUGAAUUUGGAGUUGAUGUUAAGACCGAGGUAGAAUUACAAGAGGAGGUAGACCUUGGUCCUAUUUUUAUUGAUGAGGUGCCCCAAAGUUCUAAGCGGAAAGCAACAUCACCAUUAACAAUAGACCGGGGCCCUGAAGUUAUAUCUGCAGAUGACAAUCUUGAACUGAUAACAGUUGAAGUUGUUGCUGGUGACGAAGGAAAAGUCCGAAUAAAGGAGGAGCUUGUGGCUGCUGCACCCAAUGCUUCUACCAGUUCGUCUUUAUCUCAAAGCUCAAACAACGCCCCUGUAAAGGCAGAAUAUUUCUCAGAUAACUCCGCAUCACUGCCAGGUCUUGCAGGUCCCAGACAUGGACCUGUCGGCUUUGAACCAGGCAUGUUUAAGGGUGCUGUAGCAUUUGUUCCAGCUUCUGAUACUGCAGGGCAAUCCAAGACCACUGGCAAAGUAGAUGCCAGUAAUAAGCCCAAGAAAAAGAAAAAAGAAAAGAAAAAACAUAAACACCACAAACGUCAUAAACAUCAUAAGCUUGCAAAGGAUAAGAAGAACAAAGAUAAAAGUAAAGAGAAAGACAAAGAUGAGGACAAAGAUAAAGAUAAGGAUAAUAAAGAAAUGGAUGGAAGUCAACACAGUACAAAAGAAGAUUCAAUGAGUUCUUUAAGUUCAACUCCUAGCCCAGAGCCAUCAGCCUCAGCAGAUGUUGUGUUUUAACUCUAAUGAAAUCUAAGACACAUUUGUGCCUUACUUUCCUGUCUUAACACGUUAGUGCAUUUUCAUUUUCAUUUGAUUUUAAGUUGCUCUGAGAUUUGGUACCUGCCCCACUUAAUGUUAUCCUGUUCUAUAAGAUCUAAAAGAUCUCAUUUUAUUCAGGAAUGUAUGUUUAUGUUUACUUUGACUUUGACCUCAAAAUUGGGUGUUAAUCAUAAUUGUAUAUAGAAAACUAUCUCAACACCUAAAUAUAUAAUGAACUCAUUUUUAGAAUCGAUAAUUGUAUACAGUGUAUUUUAUGUUAGAUACCAGAAAUAAAAGUCAUUAAUUGCCCCACAAGA